UAGCAUGGCAUACUUUGACGUAGAGCCAACCUGACUUGACUUCACCAAAUCGGACCCAAAUACCCGAAUUAACACAUCUAAAUACAUGACAUGAUAAUGAUAUAUUAAGCUAAUGAAUUUCCAAAGUUCCAUUAUACACACAAAAAGGCGGGAAAACAUUAUUCGAAGCCGCCAAAUUUUUUUUAAAAAAAUAAUAAUAAAAAAAAACCUUAUAAAAAGAAGAGGAAAGCAAACCCUUCUAACUCCCCUCUCUCUCUCUCUCUCUCUCUCUCUCUCUCACUCAUUCUCCAUUGAAGCGUACUUCGAAUUAUUCAUUGAAGCGGCUUCACAGCUUUCUCACCGCCAUUGAAACAGAUUUUAAGAAUAUGGAUACUUCAAAUCCUGCAGCUUUCGUCAAUGGUGAAUCGAUUCGCUUGUAUGUUGGGCGGAAGGUUCGGGUAGUUGUACAGGUGAUACAAUCUGAUGGCGGUUCUUUGAUUGGGAAAUCAACUGAUGAUCAUCAGCUCGUCAUAAAGGGUUCGCCACCAACUCAACCACUUACCAAAUAUGUUGAGGCAAUUGGUAUUGCUGAGAGCAAUCAAUCGAUUCGUGCAGAAAUUAUGACCAACUUUGGCGAUAAUUUUGAUCCACAGAACUAUAAUCAACUGUGCCAGCUUGCUAAUGGGGAAUACAAGCACUUGUUCAUCUGAGCCAUGAUUGCUAUUGGCCUAUCCAUUCUCUCGUAGUAAUGUGAUUUUUUUUAGGGAGAUGUGGGAUUUUAUCUAAAAAAAAUCCACCUGCUUUUUGUAAGCCUGAGGAGCUUGAAAGUACUAUAUGGUUUAUCAUUCGAGAUAAAUGGCAUGAUUUAAGUUUAGUACUCCGUAUAUUACAAAUCAA